GCCCGAGGGGGCGGUGGCUGCGCCAUGAGGCGGCACUGGCGCCAGGCACUCGAGCGCUCGGCGGUGGAUUAGCAGCGCCUGGCCCGGCCGCGCAGGCGCGGUGGGUGCGCGGCCGCGCUGAGCCAUGGCGGACGAGGAGCUGGAGGCGCUCCGGCAGCAGCGGCUGGCCGAGCUGCAGGCCAAGCACGGGGAUCCUUCCAGUGAUCAGUCUCAACAGGAAGCAAAACAGAGGGAAGCAGAGAUAAGAAAUACUAUUUUAGCUCAAGUCCUUGAUCAAGCAGCUCGUGCAAGAUUAAGCAAUUUAGCACUUGUGAAACCAGACAAAGCAAAAGCAGUAGAGAAUUACCUUAUACAGAUGGCAAGAUUUGGACAGAUACCUGGAAAGGUGACAGAACAAGGUUUGAUAGAAAUACUUGAAAAAGUGAGUCAGCAAACAGAGAAGAAAACAACAGUGAAGUUCAACAGAAGGAAAGUGUUGGAUUCUGAUGAAGAGGAUGAUUAUUGAUACUACUGUAAGACUGUCUGCCAAACGAAAGGCCUGGAGAAAGGCAACAUACUAUUACCAGGCAGGAUGCAAAAUCUGAAAAUGUUUACGCUUCUUUUACUUCAUUUUGUUCUGUUUUAUAAAAAGGCCAACAAAUGAACUUGUCUUGUAAAAUAAAUCUGAGGAUUUUAUAACUUAAACUUUUGUAGGAUAAGAGGCCUGAGCAGUGUGGGGGUCCCUGCUGCUUCAUUAGCAUGAACUUUUUGUUGCCCUCUACUCAGUGUGUAAGUGAUGCUUUCAGCAACUGCACAUGUUUAACUGGCUGCUGUUGGAGAUGCCACAACAUGAGGAGCUGUUGGUGUAAAGCUGGGAACAGCCACUCCCUCCAGGAGUUUUAAGACUUGGUUCCAGGCUCUGAAUCACAGGAGUGUUAGGAGAUGUCCUGAGCCCAAGGGAAGGAGCCUGUUCCCGCAGCUCACUGGAGAUUUAUAAAAUAAAGCGAAGGUAUCAAAGUAGUGUUUGGAUCAGAGGACUUCAUAUCAGAAAUUGUAACCAGCACGCAAUUGAACUGUUCCCCUAUGAAAUAAUCUAUCUCCAAAAAAGCAAGUUAACUGUGUAAAACAGCACUGUUCAGACACUUGGUAUCAUAUUUUUCUUAAAACUACCUCCACUUUUAUCAAAUGGUUGGAGUGUUUCUUACCUUGCAAAAGAGACAGUUUUCCUAAACUUUCUGCAACUCCUGCAUGCAUAAAGUAAAACUGAACUUGUGCUAUAUGUUUAUUCCAAAAUAUGGUUAUGGAAAUAAGUAGGAUAAAUACUGUAUAAUGUGCUGAUAAACACUCUACACCACAAAACCCUUUUCUGACAUAAUUUAAGAAGAACAUGUUAUGAUGCCAACUGCAUUGGUUUUUGGAACAGAAUAAAAUUCUGCACUAAAAGUGA